AUGGUGUUUGAAGAUGUUGCUGUGUACCUCACUCAGGAGGAGUGGGACCAUCUGGGCCCUGCUCAGAGGGACCUCUACAGAGAUGUGAUGCUGGAGAAUUAUAGCAAUUUGAUCUCCUUGGGGUUUACAGCAUCUAAACCUGAUGUGAUCUCCCAGCUGGAGCAAGGGGAUGAACCAUGGGUCCUGGACACACAGGCAGCUGAGAGGAAAGACAUCCUAAGUAUUGACUGUUCAGGAGAGAAACCCUUUAAAUGUACUUUAUGUGAAAAGGUGUUCAGAAAGAACUCGACCUUGAUAGAACAUCAACGAAUACACAAUGGACAAAAACCUUAUGAGUGUAGUGAGUGUGGGAAAACAUUUUGUGCUCGCUCAUCUCUGAUCCAACACCAGAGAAUUCAUACGGGAGAGAAGCAAUAUAAAUGUGAUGUGUGUGGGAAAACCUUCAGUGCCCAUUCAGUUCUUAUUCAACAUAAUAAAAUUCAUACAGAAAACAAACCUUAUGAAUGUAACAAAUGUGGAAAAGCCUUUAUCCAGAAUUCUAACCUUAUUCAACAUCUGAGAAUCCACACUAGGGAGAAACCCUAUGAGUGUAAUGAAUGUGGGAAAGCCUUCAGUGAUCGCUCAUACUUUAUUCUUCAUCAGAGAAUUCACACUGGGGAGAAACCCUAUGAGUGUAAUGAAUGUGGGAAAACCUUCAAUGCACACUCAUCCCUUACCCUACACCAGAGGAUUCACACUGGGGAGAAGCCCUAUGAAUGCAGUGAAUGUGGGAAAGCCUUUAGUGCACAUUCAACCCUUAUUCAACAUCAGAGGAUUCACACUGGUGAGAAACCCUAUGAAUGCAAUGAAUGUGGGAAAGCCUUCAAUGCACUUUCAUCUUUUAUUCAGCAUUAUAAAAUUCACACUGGUGAGAGACCCUACAAGUGUAAUGAAUGUGGGAAAGCCUUCCAUUCCUUUAGUCAGAGCUCUCACCUUAUUUGA